GCGCACUCUGGUUGGCAACCUGCCGCAUGGUUCCACUGCGCAUGUGCGAAGCGGUUGGCCGCUGACCUGGAGGUGGCCAGCGCGCAUGGGCACGGUGACGCGGUCGGUAGAGAGCACUGUGUAGCGGUUGCGCAGAGUGACAGCGGCCGGUUCCCUGUGAGCGAGCUUGGGACAGAGCGGUAGAGAGGAGAGCGAGUCCUCAGGGCCGGAGGAACGGAUCGGGAGCGAAGAUGCUCAACAUGUGGAAAGUCCGGGAGCUGGUGGACAAGGCGUUAGUAGAGGAAAGCAUUUUAUUCAGUUAUAGAUGGGAUUGUAUUGCUGCUGUGCAACAAUUAGAGAGAAAAGCACCAAUGUGGUGAUGAAUUAUUCAGAGAUAGAGUCUAAGGUUCGAGAGGCGACCAACGAUGACCCCUGGGGACCUUCCGGGCAGCUCAUGGGAGAGAUAGCCAAAGCAACAUUCAUGUAUGAGCAGUUCCCAGAGCUAAUGAACAUGCUGUGGACGAGAAUGCUGAAAGACAACAAGAAGAACUGGCGCAGAGUUUACAAGUCCAUGCUGCUGCUGGCGUACCUCAUACGGAACGGAUCGGAGCGAGUCGUCACAAGCGCCAGGGAGCACAUUUAUGACUUACGAUCCAUGGAAAAUUACCACUUUGUAGAUGAAAACGGCAAAGACCAAGGUAUUAACAUCCGGCAGAAAGUGAAGGAGAUGGUUGACUUUGUCCAGGACGAUGACCGGCUCCGAGAGGAGAGGAAGAAAGCCAAGAAAAACAAGGACAAAUAUAUUGGGGUUUCGUCUGAGAGUGCUGGGGGGUUCAGAUACAAUGAGCGAUAUGACACUGAGCCUAAAUCUAAAUGGGAUGAGGAAUGGGAUAAAAAUAAGCCAGGUUUCCCAUUCAGCGACAAGCUGGGGGAGCUGAGCGACAAGAUCGGGAGCACCAUAGACGAUACCAUCAGCAAGUUUAGAAGGAAAGACAGAGAGGACUCUCCCGAGAGAGGCAGUGACAGUGAAGAAGAAAAGAAAGCCAACCGGGUGAAACAGACUGGAGAGUUCAAAGACGAGGAAGAGAUGGUCACCACCAAGCAUAUCCACAUCACUCAGGCCACAGAGACUACCACCACCCGCCUCAAACGUACAGGGAACCAGUCCAAAACCAUCGACCUCGGAGCAGCUGCACACUACACCGGAGACCAAGCCAGUCCAGAGCUCACCACUGCUACUAGCCAUCUGGCCGCAGCCAAGACGCUAAGUGGGGAAGGAAGUAAGAAGGCAUCUAAUGACCUGGUGGAUCUACUAUUUAAUUCAGGCCAGAAAUCAGGUUCCACACCAGAUCCAUUUGGUGAUUUUGCAGAUUUUAAUUCAAACGCUGCACAGUCUUCCAUCUUUUCAGCAUCACAAGGAUCAACAGCAACAGGCAAUGGAGAGUUUGGAGACUGGGGAGCCUUCAACCAACCAGCAGCAGACACCCCCGGACCCUUACCUGAUCUGUUUGUAGGGGCCUCACAGCAUAGUACAGACUUGUUCACUGCUGCUCACCAUCCUCAUCCUGUCCCUGUUGCAUCUAACACAACGGACCUCUUUGAUAUAAUGGGGCCUACACACUCCACCAUAAGCGCAUCCCAGAGCAUGAACCUGUCCAUGAUGAGCUCUAGCACCGUAGGAAUGUCUCUUCCCAUGUCCAGAUCUCAGAACAUCGGCCUCCAAAAGCAAAACACGCUUCCUGCACACGGAGCAGACCUCAAGGCUCAAGGCAAAUCUCUCCCAUCCACCUGGUCCGACCCAAGUGUCAACAUUUCCCUGGACAGCCUCAUGCCAGGAAUGCAGACCUGCAAACCUUCCCAGCCCUCCCUAAACGCCAUGAUGCAGCAACAGAAUAUACAGCAGCCCAUGACGAUGUUACCGCAGAGCUUUGCAAGUAUGAACAUCGCUGGAAGUCCUGGCAUGAUGCCCAUCCGACCUCAGACCAGCCCAGUUAUACCUGGCCCCAUCCCAGGAGCCAUGGGCAUCCCCAACAUGAUGACUGGCACUAUGGGCAUAUCUGCAGUAGGUAUCCCUCCAAUGAUGAACCAGGGCAUGAUGGCAAUGCCUAACACCAUGGGAAUGCCUAUGGGUUUGGCCCCAGGAGCCAUGCCACCUAAACAGGAUGCCUUCGCAAACUUUGCCAAUUUCAGCAAAUAGAAGCUUUAUGCAACCCAUCCCACGCAGCGCUGUGUCAUGAAGGAUUCUCAGCCGCACACAAGUUGACACAGUGAAAGAGGGGGACGUGGAGGACUGGAAGCAGCAGUGCCUGAUUCUCCAUAGAAAAUAUCUUUUAUAAUUGAAAUGAACUUACAGGAGAGCGGUUUGUAGAGGGGACAUGGGGCUACAGUCCGAAGAGACUCUGCUCUAUACUGAGCAAUAUUGCCUUUAUGUACCAGACAGGUGGAAGCGGGUACACGCUGUCUGACAUCAGGAUACGUGACAGGGCGCUUCCUUUUUUUUCUUCCUUUAAAUUCUGGUUUUUUUUUUAGGUAUUUGGUUGUGGUUUAAUAGGCCCACACAACCUGCAUUUAACUUGACACAUUCCUGCCCUCCUGGACAUUGACCUUCCACACCUCCGCCCAGCCGGGAAUGGUAUUUUUUUUUUUUUUUUAAUGUAAAAUAUAUAAGAAAGUAUCUAUUUUUCUCCAGAGUGACUGGGCUGUACAGUUAUUACUGUUCCAUAGUAUGUCCUGCAGUUUAGACCUGCUCUGCCGACUGUACUGUUUGAGAAGUAGGUUGUCUGGCACCUUUACUGUACUUCAGGAGUUAAGCUGGUGUCUCCUGGAGAGCCGGGCUCCGGCCUGUUGCGGUGGGUUCACAGCUGGGCCCCGGCCUGUUGCGGUGGAUUCACAGUCUGUUGCGGUAAACCACAGUGCUGUGCGUUGAGGUCAGACACAUUUAUCACUGAAGUGUUUUGAAAACUGCUGCUCUAACUGUCCCACCACCUCAGAUGACAAGUGUGUAGCCUUGGUGAGCCCAGUGUCACAGUAGAGUUCUUUUGCGUCCCUCUUCCUCAUUGCGGGACCCCCUCCCCCUCCUUCCCGAGUAUGGGUAGGAAUGUGUUUUGUUUUUUUACGCCCUUUUAAAUUGGCACUGACAGCACAGCAGCAGACCUGCCCUUUACCCCCCUGUAGACAUUGCCUUCUGCUGUGCCAUUAAAGAGGAUUCAUUCUGAUGACUGCAUAUAUGAAAACUUUUUUGGUCCCCCAAAAAGUUCUAUUCUUUUUUAUUUUGUAGCCCUCCUGAAAUCGGUUAGCUGCAACGUUUUGUUCUUCACGAUGCUACCUGCUCCCCUAGAAGUGUUGCAAUAUGCUAAAUGGUUGAGUACGAGCUCCUCUCUCAGCUGCUGCCAUUCUCUCUGAAGACUGAUUUUAGAUUUUAUAUACCAUUUCUUAAUCUUCUCCACCUCCCCUAACUUUCCCUUGUAAAUAUGGAGGCAGCCGGUGUUGGGAACCAGUUCUGAUAUAAAUACAGAUCUAUAUUAUUACUUAAGGGGAGCUUGUUCGCUGCCUUGAAAUUUAUUGGCUUGACAAAUAAAAUAUGUAAAAAAACAAAACACGUUAAACUUUUUUUUUUUUUUUAUGUUUUCAUGGUAGAAAUUGUUCCUGAUCUUACAUUUUUCUGUAAUGCACAAAUAAACGGCCGUCGUUGAUGGCGUCAGGUUUACCACGCAGUAUAGGUGAGGUUAGGGGGAUCUGCAUCAUCCCUGGGUGUUCAACAUUUUAUUCUUUUGUCAGCUUUCUCCUUGUAUUUUCCAGGCAGCGAUCACUUACCUGUCUGCGCUGUAGUCCAGAUGUUUUCCACCAUUAAACCUUCUGACCCAGGCUUGCUCCUGCCUGCCUCAUUCCUUCCGCCGUCUCACACUAGCAUUCUCACAGAGAGGGAAUAAUUACAAUUUGGGCAAAGUAAUUUUCAUAAAUAAUUUAAGAUUGUUUAAUGACCUCUUUUCAUGCUGAUGGGUGCAGGGUGCCUCGUCCAAACUACGCUUCAUCUCCAACCCUUCUAAUUAGACCAAAAUUCAUGGGCUGCAGCUUAAUGGUGAUGGAACAUGAUUCACGACCUGAAUAAGAGAUGAGAACUGAGGGUAAUUAGCAGACUGUGGUUUUUAAUCUUUCAACAAUUCACUGUGUUUAAAUUGGCUUCAAAGAAUAGAACCUUUCAAGUAUUGUUACAUCAACAUCUUCUCCACUUACCUUUUACAUGGUGUAUGAAUUUGUACUGCGAGGUCCGCCUCGCCGGGUCCUCAGGGAAUGAUGGUUCAUUUUAUCAGUCUUAAAACACUCAUAAAAUAAAAAUAAAAGAACAUUAAAUGGUUUUAGAGGCGCAGUCAUCUUGAUUUUAAAUCCACGUACUUCCCACAUUUAUUAUUCUAUAUGAUGCUGGUAAACACUGAAUUAUGGGAUGUCCUUGUUGUCGAGAUUCUGGGUAAAUGUUUAAUGAUUUUCCAAAAAGACGAACGACCUACCAAAUUCAUAAGACAAAUGAGAUGUUAAAUGAACAGGGCCUGACAAACUAACAGACUCUCUCAAGUGUAUGUUAUUUGCUGAUUAAAGAGAAAACAAACAAAA